ACACAGCCACGUACAAUGAUAGCGGCGGCGUUCCUGGUUCUCCUGAAGCCCUACAGUGUCCAAUGCAUCCUGCUACUGCUCCUGCUUCUGCUGGCCACCAUCGCUACCAUCUUGUUCUUCUGCUGCUGGCACCGCAAACUCCGCAAGGCUCGGCAUCCCAUGAAGUCGGUGGGCUCGGGCCGCUCCAGGAGCCGAGAUGCAGGAAUGAGAUCGCACUUCCGUUCUGAGGGGUUCAGACACAGUCCGCGACAUGGCAGGAGGAGCAGCAGGAUGCGAGUGUCCGACGACUCCAAACCUCUGGUGCAGAUACCCGAAAGUGACCAGGAACAUCUUGUGAGGAGGAGGAAGAUUAGGAGGAGCAGCCGGGUGCAGGCAGAGUUUUAUCACUCCGUGCAGGGAACUCCAACGCGCAGAGCCAGUGUCGGGAGCAGCUCUCGCCCCUGUUCCAUGUCUUCUGCCGAUUAUUCAGAGGAUGAGGAUGAUUUCGGCCAAAGAUCAGGGACCGUCUCGCCAGCUCCCGGGGACACUCUGCCAUGGAACCUGCCGAAGCACGAGAGGUCCAAGAGAAAGAUUCAGGGAGGGUCGGUGCUGGACCCCGCCGAGAGAGCCGUUCUCAGGAUAGCCGAUGAACGGGACAAAGUACAGAAGAAGACCUUUACAAAAUGGAUCAACAAGCACCUUAUUAAGGUACGGAAACACAUAAAUGAUCUAUAUGAGGACUUACGAGAUGGACACAACCUGAUUUCUCUCCUGGAAGCCCUCUCUGGGGACACCCUGCCUCGUGAGAAAGGACGUAUGCGCUUCCACAGACUACAGAAUGUACAGAUUGCACUGGACUACUUGAAACGCCGACAGGUCAAAUUGGUGAACAUUAGAAAUGAUGACAUAACUGACGGGAAUCCCAAACUAACCUUGGGACUGAUCUGGACCAUUAUUUUGCACUUUCAGAUCUCUGACAUCCAUGUUACUGGGGAGUCUGAGGAUAUGUCAGCGAAGGAGAAACUCUUACUGUGGUCACAACAGGCAACAGAAGGCUAUGCUGGAAUCCGGUGUGAGAACUUCACUUCGUGCUGGAGGGAUGGCAGACUAUUCAACGCGAUCAUUCAUAGAUACAGGCCGGACCUAGUAGAUAUGAGUCAAGUAGCAAUUCAAAGCAACGUGAACAACUUGGAACAAGCCUUUGGUGUAGCUGAGAAACUUGGUGUCACUAGACUCUUGGACCCAGAAGAUGUUAACGUUGCAUCCCCUGAUGAGAAAUCAGUGAUCACUUAUGUGUCGUCAUUGUACGAUGCCUUUCCCAAAAUUCCAGAGGGUGGUGAAGGCAUCAGUGCAAACGACGUAGAUGUCAAGUGGAUAGAAUACCAGAAUAUGGUGAACUACCUCAUCCAAUGGAUCAAGCAUCAUGUGACGGUUAUGUCAGAUCGAAGCUAUUCAAACAAUCCUGCAGAACUUAAGGCACUUUAUAACCAAUACAUGCAGUUUAAGGACACAGAAAUCCCACCAAAAGAGAAGGACAAAACUAAAAUCAAGCAGCUGUAUAAAUUGUUAGAGGUGUGGAUUGAAUUUGGUCGGAUAAAACUUCCUCAAGGCUAUCACCCAAAUGAUGUGGAGAAGGAAUGGGGAAAGUUGAUCAUCGCAAUGCUGGAAAGAGAAAAGAGUUUGCGGCCGGAGGUGGAAAGACUGGAAAUGUUGCAGCAGAUUGCCUCCAGACUUCACUGUGACAGCGUAGCAUGUGAAGAUAAACUGAUACUGGCACGAAAUUCACUCCAACUCGACGCAAAACGAUUGGAGUCAGGACUUCAGUUUCAAAAUGAAACCGAGGUUGCAGGGUAUCUUUUGGAAUGUGAAAAUCUCAUCCGGCAACAGAUCAUUGAUGUCCAGAUUCUUAACGAUGGAAAGUAUUAUCAGGCAGACCAACUCAUCCAAAGGGUUGCAAAGCUCCGUGAUGAGCUGAUGUUACUGAAGUCUGAAUGUUCAUCGGUGUACAAUAAAGGACGUUCCUCGUCAACAGAUCAGACCCAGCUAAUGAUGGCAGGGUUAACUCAGAGUCUGAAUCAGAGCUUCUCCUCUGAUUUCUCCCAGAGUUUGACACCAUCCUUGACCUCUAAUUUAUCUCGGAGCUUGACACCAAGCUUGACCCAUGGAUCAACCCCAGUUCUCACGCCCAGCUUGCCAGCAACAUUGUCUUCCGGCUUAAAACCUGUCCUGGCACAUGGGUUUAUUCAAGGUUUUGUCCCCACCAUGGACACUGACACACUCCAGACUGUGAAACUGAUGCAAAUCAGAAAACCAUUGAUGCGAUCGCAAUUCGUUGACCAAUCUCUGACGGAGGAAGAGGUCAACAUGAAGUUUCUGCAGGACCUGUUGAGCUGGGUGGAAGAAAUGCAGGUGCAGCUCGAUCGUGCCGAGUGGGGUUCCGAUUUGCCCAGCAUCGAAAGUCAUUUAGAAAAUCACAAAAAUGUUCACCGAGCAAUAGAAGACUUUGAAUCGAGUAUCAGGGAAGCGAGAGCUGCCGAGGGACAAAUGACUCCACCGCUCUGUGAGAGUUACUCUGAGAAGCUGAGAGCAUUGGAGAGCCAGUACAGCAAGCUUUUGGACACUUCCAGGGACCGAGCCUCUCAACUUGACAGCCUGCAUAGUUUUGUAUCCAGGGCAACCACCGAGCUGAUCUGGUUGAACGAGAAGGAGGAAGAAGAGGUGGCUUACGACUGGAGUGAGAGGAAUUCCAGCAUGUUGCGAAAGAAAGAAUACCAUGCAGAAUUAAUGCAAGAGCUGGAAGACAAAGAUGUUCUCAUGAGAUCGGUGCAAGAAAUGGCGGAUAAGCUGCUCCUCCAUCGGCAUCCUGCUCGGGCGACCAUUGAGGCCUUCAAAGCUGCCAUGCAGACCCAGUGGAGCUGGAUCCUGCAGCUCUGCUCCUGCGUUGAGAAACAUCUGAAAGAAAAUGCCGCUUAUUUUGAGUUUUACAACGAUGCCAAAGAAUCCAUGGACUACUUGAAGAACCUGCAGGAGACGAUCAAGAGGAAGUACAAUGGUGACAAGUCCAGCAGUCUGGUGAGGCUGGAGGACCUGGUUCAGGAUUCUAUGGAUGAGAAGGAACAGCUGCUUCAGUACAAGAGUAAUGUAGCAAGUCUCAUGAGUCGGGCAAAGGCAGUUGUCCAACUCAAGCCAAGGAAUCCUGAAAAUCCUACAAGGAUCUCCAUCCCCAUCAGAGCCAUCUGUGACUACAAACAAAUUGAGAUAACUAUUUACAAGGAUGAUGAAUGUUUGUUGGAAAACAACUCUCACCGAGCCAAAUGGAAAGUGAUCAGUCCCACUGGGAACGAGGCCAUGGUUCCAUCCGUUUGCUUUUCAGUUCCUCCACCAAACAAAGAAGCCAUUGAGAUGGCAAGCCGGAUUGAACAACUCUAUCAGAAUGUUCUGGCUCUCUGGCAUCAGUCCCACAUAAACAUGAAGAGCAUUGUGUCCUGGCACUACCUGAUGAAUGAAAUCGCCACCAUCCGUGCCUGGAAUGUUUCCUCGAUAAAGACCAUGUUGCCAGGGGAACACCAACAGGUGCUCAGCAGCCUACAGGUGCACCUCAAGGACUUCUUGGAGGACAGUCAGGAGUCCGAGGCCUUCUCAGUCACUGAUGGAACCCAGCUGGAGAGAGAAGUCAAGUUCUGCAAACAGUAUUAUGAAGAUCUUCUGAAGUCAGCAGAAAGAGAGGAGCAAGAGGAGUCGGCAUGCAACCUGUUCAUCUCCGAGGUGCGAAACAUUCGGCUCCGAGUGGAGAACUGUGAGAAGCGGCUGAUCCGCCAAAUCCGCACCCCGCUGGAACGGGACGACCUGCAGGAAAGCGUGCAAAGAAUCUCCGAGCAAGAGAAGCUAAAGAGUGAGCUGGAGGAGCUUAUUGCAGAUCUGGAAAAAGUAACAGAGAAGUGCGACAAAUUCUUUGGUCAAGCCUCUUCAUCUUCGGCCCCCACCCUGCGGACGGAGCUGAACGUAGUGCUGCAGAAUCUCAACCAAGUCUACUCACUCUCCUCCAUUUAUUUGGAUAAGUUGAAGACUGUCAACUUGAUUGUUCAAAACACUCAAGGAGCAGAGGCUCUUGUGAAGCAGUAUGAGACCAAACUUGGAGAGGAAGAUGCAGUGCCACCAGACCCGGAGGCUAUUCAGUCUCUGCGGAAUACACUGAAGCAAUGGCGGGCCGAGGUGGAUGAGAAACGGGAAGUCUUCCACUCACUCGAAGACAAACUGCAGAAGGGCAAGGCCGUCAGUGAGCGGAUGCUGAGGGCCCACAAUGAGCGCGACAUGGACAUGGAUUGGCACAAGGAAAAGGCCGUUCAGUUGGCUGAGAGAUGGGAGAGCAUCCGCUCCCAAAUUGACAACAGACUGCAUGAGCUCGAGGGAAUCAGUACGUCCCUGAGCUGCUACAGAGACUGUUACAAAGAUCUUGAUCAGUGGAUCCGAGAAAUGGAAGCCACCCAACAGAAGAUGCAAGAGCGUCAGCCGGAAGAUAUCCGAGCCCUUGCAGAUGAACUCCAUCAACAAAAGAUGUUGGCUUCUGAGGUUGAAAUGAAACAGGGAAAAAUGGACGAAUGUCAGAAGUACUCUGAGGGGUAUUCCUCUGCUGUGAAGGAAUAUGAGCUUCAACUGAUGACCUACAAAGCCAUGGUUGACUCCCAGCAGAAAUCCCCAGUCAAGCGGCGCAGAAUGCAGAGCUCUUCAGACGUCAUUGUACAAGAGUUCAUGGACCUCCGCACACGCUACACUGCCCUGGUUACCCUGAUGAUGCAGUAUGUGAAGUUUGCCAGCGAUGCUUUAAAAAGAUCAGAGGAUGAAGAGAAGUCAGUAGAAGAGGCGAAGCAAGAACAUGUCGAGAAAGUUGGUGAACUGUUGAGAUGGGUUUCUGAGAAGAGCAAGAACUUAGCUACGAGACAACGUAAAUUACCCACUUCGGAACCUGGUGGAACAGCGACUUCACUUUCUGAGCAACAGGCACUGCAUAUGGAACUAUCAAGCAAGAAGGACCAAAUUGCCGAAGCUAUACACAUGACACAGAUGUUCCUGGCGAAACACAGUGACAAAAUAUCAGAAGAUGAUAAACUACAAACGGAGAAGCAAGUGGAGGAGCUUCAGGAAGCUUAUGAUAAGUUGUGUGAACGGUCUUCUGAGGAGCUCCAGCACUUUGAGAGCAUGCUGGCUGAAGCAUCAGGGGAGAAGGUAUUGGAAGAAAAGCAAGAGGAGUGUAAUAAGAGGCUACAGGAGAUAAGUGAUCUGCUGUUGGUGACAGAAAACAAAGUAAUCGGCUGUGACAGUAAGACAUCUGUUUCCAGUGAUGACUUAGCUGAUUUACAACAGCAUCAGGCGGAACAUCAGGCCUUACAAAGGGAAAUCCAGGCUCAUGCAGUUACUUUAACAAAUGUGGCAAGUGCAACCGAACAGUUUCUGGAGAAGAAUGGGGACAAACUUCAACCAGAGGAGAAAGCAGCAAUGGAAAACAAGCUUACAGAAGCCAAACUGAAGCUCAGUGCAUUGAGUGAGAAAGUCGACUCCAACAUCAAGAACCUGGAUGAAGCUGUGACAACCGCUCUCAAACAGGAAACUGAGAAGGCUGCAGCAGUGAAACAGCUGAAGGAAAAUAACAGUAAAAUCCAAUCGCUCUUGGAUUGGUUGUCCCAUAUGGAGCAGGAACCAUCGACUGAACAGAAGGGAAAAGAAACACUACAUCAGAAUGGCAACACUAUUUCAGUGGAUGGACUGAAGAUCCUGGAGAAUGAAGAUACAGUCAAUGGAAACCUACCUUGCAGCCUAAGUGAGACCAUGGGAGAUGAAGAGAAGGAACUAGCAACUGAUGGAGAUUUGAACCGACAACAUGAAAAAGCCAAGCUUCAUCACCAACAAAUCGUGUCACAACAGCAGUCUUACAUUAUAUCUACGCAAUCAGUCCAGGACUUCCUGCAGAAGCAAGGCUCGAGUAUUCCAGCAGAAGAACGGGAGAAGUUGGAGAAGGACUUGAAUGAGUUGAAGGUUCAGUACGAGUCCGCGCUGGCCCAGUCUGAAAGCAGACUGAAACUGAUACAGACUGUGCAGGACGAGUUGAAGACAUUUUCCACAGAUUACAGUGAAUUUGAAAACUGGUUGCGCCAGUCAGAGCAACAGCUGGAGGAUCUCCAGUCUGGUGCCAAAGAUAUGGACACUCUUGCUGACAAACUGAUAAGGCAGAAAAGCUUUUCUGAAGAUGUCAUCUCUCACAAAGGAGAUUUGAGGUACAUUACUAUCUCGGGACAAAGAGUCCUUGAUGCUGCCAAAUCCUGUGGUAAAUUGGGACUGAAUAAAGAUGGCAAACCUCAAGUUGAUACGUCUGCAACUUGUGCACUGGUACAGAGCCAGCUGAAUGAGGCGAGUGACUGUUAUAAAUCACUGCAUACUAAGUGCAAUCUGUUGGGUAAAAAUCUCAAAGACGUGGUGGAUAAGUAUGAGCAUUACCAAGAAGUCUCAUCUGGGCUCCUACCCUGGCUUCAAGCUACUGAGGAAGCUGCAGGAGCGCAGCUGAUGGAGGCCAUUGCUGCAGAUCCCAAAAACCUUCAGAAGCAGCUGGAGCAAGCCAAGGACCUACAUGAUCAGAUAUCUGGGCAUCAGCGCGUUGUUGAGAAGCUAAGGAAAGCCGUGGAUGGACUUAUGGGUACAGAUGGUGAUCUCUUACUGAAUCGCAAAGAAAUCCAAGAUAACCUGGAUGAUGUUGUGCUGAGAUACGAGAAUCUGUCCAAGUCGGUCAAUGAACGCAAUGAGAGCUUACAGGUGACACUCACACGUUCCUUGAGUGUUCAGGAUGGUUUGGAUGAAAUGCUUGACUGGAUGGCAAGUGUCGAAAAGAGCCUGGACAAUGAAGAGGAAAUUCCCUUAAACUCUGCUGCCAUUCAAGAAGCCUUUAGUAAAAACACUGCACUAGAACAGAACAUUGCUAGCCGCCAAAGCAGUAUCAGUGCCAUUGAAGAGAAGGCCAACAAAUUCAUCGCCACAGCAGACCCGUCAACUGCCUCUGCAUUGCAAGCAAAGGUGGACGAACUCACCAAACGUCUGGCUUCAGCCAGUGGCCGGCAGAAAGAAAGAACGGCCAGACUGGAAAAACUCAGAGGCAAAGUGGAGCUCUUCGAGAAGACUUUCCAAAGAAUCGAGCAGUUUGUUACCAAGAAAUCUCAGUCUCUCUCUGAAGUUGAUGGGCCAGGAAAAGACAUCACUGAACUGUCACAACAUAUGCGGGAAGUGAAUGCUGAGCUAUUGGAUCAAAGUGAAGGUUUGAAUGCUCUAAAUAAGUUGGCUGAAGAGCUUGGUGGGUCCACUACAGCUGAAGAACGGACACAGCUCCUCAACAAACUCAACACUCUGUCAAAGAAUUUUCGAGGACUGGAAGAGGCUACCAAGAAAAAAGAGGAAGAAUUAUUCUGUUGCCAACUUCAGACGGAUCAAUUUAAAACCUUGGUGAAGUCAUUUGGAGAGUGGGUGGAGGGAAUAAACAGAAGGAUUCCAGUUAUAGACUCAAGCCUUUCUACAGAAACUCUUCAAGGGCAUGUAUCUGAUGUUAAGGUCCUGUAUGAUGAGUGGGCAGAAAAAGCUUCUGAGGUUCAGGAAGUUAAUCAGAAAGGAUCAGCCUUAUGUCACCUGAUCAAUGUGCUGAUUUCUCCAGCCACUUCAAGACCAGCAUUCAAAUCAGGUGCACAGGUGGUGAAUGGCGGGGGAGAAGUCGCUGAUGUCUGUGAUUCCAAAGAGCUCAGUGCUAUCCAGCAAGACGUUGCAGAUGUGAAUCAUCAAUAUGAAGAGGUGGGAGCCUUGCUGAAGAGCAAGGAGAGCCAGCUGGAUUCCAUGCUGGCUCAGAGGCAGCAUACCCAGGAGGAAGCCUCAUUGGUCAGAGACUGGCUGGAGUCGAUGGAUAAGAGAGCAGCAUGCUGGGAUACAUUGCCGACAGAGAAUGAAGCUAUAAAGGAACAAAUCGAGCAACACAAGGUACUUGAAGCUGAAUUGAAACAAAACAGUGACAGAGUUAACCAGGUGAAAGAGAAGUUGACUUUGCUGCUGCAGGAGAAUCCGGACUCACCUGAAGCCGGGAAAUGGAGGCAGACGUUGGAUUAUAUAAAUUCAAAAUGGCAACAGGUCAGCCAGUUGGCCAGUGAGCGGCAGCAGAAAUUGGAGGAGUCGUCCAGCUUCCUCACGCAGUUUGAAACGGCAGAGGUGCAGCUUAGUCAGUGGCUUGUUGAAAAGGAGCUAAUGAUGAAUGUGUUGGGACCACUGUCCAUCGAUCCUCAUAUGUUGAACAAUCAGAAACAACAAGUUCAGAUCCUGCUGAAGGAGUUUGAGACACGGAAGCCACAACAUGAGCAGUUGAAGAUGGCAGCUGAAGGCAUUUUGAGUCGACCGGAUGACUCUGCUCCAACCUCCAGCUUUGUCAGUGACCAGUUGGCUGCUGUAACACAAAAGUGGGACAGUCUGACAGGGCAGCUGGUUAACCGCUCUAACCUCAUCGACCAGGCCAUCAUCAAAAGCACCCAGUACCAAACUCUAGUCCAGCACCUCUCGGGCAAGCUGAGCACUCUGGAUGCUAAGCUGGCCAGCCAGCCACCCAUCGAUGCCCAGCCAGAAGCUGUGAAGCGCCAGCUGGAGGUGGCCAGUGAACUCCGGGCAGAGCUAGAGCAGGAGGAGAAGGGCAUGCAGGAGGCCAGGGCCCUCUGUGAGGAGAUCUCAGUCCUCGUUGGUGAGCGGUACCUGAAGGCUGAGCUCAACAGGCAGCUGGACAACGUUGUGAAGCCGUUUCGGGAUCUUGAGGAACGAGCAGGAAACCGAGUCCAUCAACUUCAGUCGGCGCUGGCUAAUUCCGAGCAGUUUCAACAGAUGUUUGAUGAUUUCCAAGCCUGGAUAGGUGGAAAAUGCAACGAGCAGAAGCAGAGGGCUCCUAUAUCUUGUAAGCUCGACCUCCUGCACUUGCUGAUCGAUGAGCAGGCAACAUUUCAGAAAUCCUUGGCCCAAAAGGCUGGGUCCUACGAGAUGAUCAUGGCAGAAGGCGAGUCGCUCCUUCAGAACAUGCAGCCAGGGGUUGAGAAAACCGCCUUGCAGGAUCAACUUGCAGCCCUGAGGAGCACCUGGGAAGACCUGUCCAAGCAAGUGGAAAAUAGGCAAGAGAAACUGAGGGAUUGUUUGCAGAAAGCCCAGAAGUACAGAGAAUGUACUGAACACCUUCUACCAUGGAUACAAGAAUGUGAAGCAAAGUCCUCGCAAGUACAAGUGUGUAGUGAUGCGGCAGAAAUCGAGUCCUCGUUGGCAAGCAUUAAAGCUCUACAGAAUGACAUGGACCAACAUCGGAGGGCGCUUGAGUCUUUAAGUAAUGCUGCAGACUGCUUGAUCGAAGCUAGUCAGGCAGAUGUGGAGGAUGUCCAGAGUGAGAAGGCAUUAGUCAACCAGAAGGUGGAUCAGAUCAGUGAACAGCUCCGCCUUAAAAAAGAUUCCCUGGAUGAGAUGGCAAAAUGCAUGAAGGAGUUUCAACAUUCUCUCAGAGAUACGAAAGAGCAGUUAGAGGGGGCCAAACAGCAACUGGAUCACCAUGAUACACUUGGGUCUCAAGCGUACAGUAACAAAUGCUUGACCAACUUGAAUGCCCAGCAGAAGAUGCUUCAGUCUUUGACAUCGCAAGUGGAGAAGGUCAAGUGUCUUGCUCAGAGAUUGACCUCUGCUGCCUCAGACAGAGAAGGCGCAUCUUUGCUUCUGCAGCAGGCUGAUGCUUUAAAGGAAGAUUAUGAGUCGGUGAGCCAGCAAGUUCGAGAAAGGUGCUCCUUCUUGGAGGUCAAGCUCCAAGGUAUCGGGCAGUUUCAGAACAACAUCCGGGAGAUGUUUUCCUUAUUUGCCGACCUUGAUGAUGAACUGGAUAGCAUGGCUCCCGUGGGAAGGGACCUGGAUUGCCUUCAUAUUCAGAAAGAUGACAUCCAAGGCUUCAUCAUCAAACUCCAGAAGCUAACGACGAGCAUCGAAGACACGAAGAAAGAGAGCAAGCAGAUGCUGGAGUCGUCAAGUUCUCCAGAUUUGUUGGGGUUAAAGCGGGAUUUGGAGGCUUUAAGCAAACAGUGCAAUAAGCUGCUGGACAGGGCAACAGUCAGACGGGAGCAGGUGGAAAGCACCCUGGCGCUCGUUGAAGAAUUCAACAGGAGAAGCAAAACGUUCAGUGAACUGAUGGCCGUGGCUGAGGAACACGAGGAGAAUCAGGGCAGCGUUGGAAUGGAAACAGAGGUCAUCAACCAACAACUGGAAUCAUUCAAGGUAUUUCAAAAGGAAAAGAUUGAGCCACUUCAGGCUGUGCUCCAAGAGGUUAAUCGGCUUGGCCAAGGAUUGAUCCAGAGUGUGGCUAAAAAUACCAACAUCCAGAAGUUGGAACAUGACCUUGAAGAAGCAAACACGCGGUGGAACACUCUCACAAAAAAGGUUGCGGAGCGAGCGGCCAAGCUGCAGGAAGCCCUGUUGCAUUGCGGCAGGUUCCAGGAUGCACUCGAAUCUUUGCUCAGCUGGUUAGCAGAUACAGAGGAACUCGUAGCCAACCAAAAGCCACCUUCAGCUGAGUUCAAAGUAGUAAAGGCUCAGAUUCAAGAACAAAAGCUUCUCCAACACUUACUGGAUGACCGCAAGCCAACGGUGGAGAUGAUCAAGCGAGAAGGGGAGAAGAUCGCCGAGUCAGCUGACACCACAGACCGCGACAGGACUUUGAACCAGUUGCAAGGCCUGAGUCGUAGGUGGAAUUUCCUUCUGACCAAAGCUGAGAACAGACAGCGGCAGCUGGAGGCCAUCUUGGUUGUGGCUCAGCAAUUCCAUGACACCGUGGAACCCUUGAUCGAAUGGUUGUCGGCUGCGGAGAAGAAGGUUGCAAACUCUGAGCCCAUUGGAACUCAAACAGCCAGAUUGCAAGAACAGAUUACCCAGCACAAGGCUAUGGAAGACGAUGUCAUCAGUCACGGUAAACAGUUGCACCAGGCUAUUAGCAUUGGUCAGUCAUUAAAGACUAUGAGUUCCAGAGACGAUAAAGACAUAGUCCAGGGAAAGCUGGAUUCUGCCCAGACUCGGUACAUUGAGAUCCAGGACAGGUGUGGCCGCAAAGCUGCCCUGAUCCAGCAGGCUCUCUCCAAUGCUUGGAUAUUUGGGGAGGAGGAAGUUGAGGUUCUGAACUGGUUGGCUGAAGUACAAGACAAACUUGACAAUGUGGCCAUUCAAGACUGCAAUCCCGAACACCUCCAGAAACAACAUUCGGACCACCUGAAUCUUCAUGAAGACAUCCUCCUGCGGAAGCAACAUGUUGAUCAGGCCAUCCAGAAUGGCCUGGCUCUACUGAAGCAGACAACAGGGGAUGAAGUUAUAAUAAUUCAGGAAAGGCUCGAUGGCAUAAAAGCUCGGUAUUCUGAGCUUACCACUACCAGUGGGAAAGUCUUGAAGACCUUAGAACAGGCCCUACAGCUUGCUACCAAGUUUCAGUCUGCUCAUGAGGUGUUAUCUACCUGGCUCGAUAAGGUGGAGGCUGAACUGGCCGCUUGUGCGUCUGAGGCACUUGCAGGAGAACAGCUAGCUCAAGCUCAGGAAAGACAACAGGAAUUGAGGAAAGAGAUGAUGGAGCACAGGGUGAGUCUGGACACUGUCAAUGAGGUCAGCAGCGCUCUGUUGGAACUUGUCCCAUGGAGAGCGAGAGAAGGACUCGACGUACUGGUGUCCGAUGACAAUGAGCGAUACAGAUCAGCAAGUGAGACCAUAGCACAGAAGGUGGAAGAAAUAGAUGCUGCUAUACAGAGAUCACAGCAGUUCGAGCAAAGAGCAGAUGCAGAGAUUGCCUGGAUCACGGAAACAGAGAGGAAGUUGAGAUCACUUGGUGACAUCAGGCUUGAGCAAGACCAGACUUCUGCCGAACUGCAAGUUCAAAAGGCAUUUUCUAUGGAUAUUUUGCGACACAAAGACACAAUUGAUGAGCUCGUUGCGAAUGGAGAUCAAAUUAUGAAUUCCAGCACUGAAGAGGAGAAAGUAUCCCUGAAGAGAAAGCUGGACACACUUCAGAAGCAGUACGAUGUGAUCAGCCAGAUGAAUGCAGAGCGAUAUCUGCAGCUGGAGCGGGCCCAGUCUCUGGUCAAUCAGUUUUGCGAGACCUACGAGGAGCUCUGGCCAUGGCUUGAAGAGACUCGAGCGCUGAUUUCGCAGUUACCUACCCCUGCCAUCGAGUUUGAGCUUUUGAAGCAACAGCAGGAGGAACUUCGGCAACUGCGAGAGCUAAUAGCUGAACACAAGCCCCACAUUGAUAAAAUGAACAAGACUGGUCCUCAGCUCCUGGAGCUCAGCCCUCGGGAAGGCCUGGCCAUUCAACAGAAGUACUCUGCAGCUGACGCCCUUUAUAGUGAGGUCAAAGAAGCCGUUAAGCAAAGAGCCAUCUCGCUGGAUGAAGCCAUUUCCCAAUCCACCCAGUUUCAUGACAAGAUAAGCCCCAUGCUCGAGGCUCUGGAACGCAUUGCAGUCCGACUGAGACAGCCGCCUUCCAUCUCAGCCGAGGUGGAGAAAAUCCGAGAGCAGAUCAGUGAAAACAAAAAUGUAAGUGUGGAACUGGAGAAGCUGCAGCCGGCGUUUGAAACCCUUAAACAACGAGGCAACGACUUGAUUGGACGUUCUGAAGGAACCGACAAAGACUUUUGUGCGAAAGCUGUUCAAGAGCAGUUGGACAAAAUGGUUUUCUACUGGGCGGACAUCAAAACCCGGGCAGAGGAACGGGAGGCCAAGCUGCUCGAUGUGAUGGACCUGGCCGAGAAAUUCUGGUGUGAUCAUUCUGCCCUCAUUGCCACCAUUAAGGAUACUCAGGACUUGAUCCGAGAACUGGAGGAACCCGGGAUAGAUCCAUCUGUUGUCAAAGAACAGCAGGAAGCUCUAGAGACAAUCAAAGAAGAAAUAGAUGGACUUCAGGAAGAGUUGGAGAUUGUUCAGAAUCUUGGAGCUGAGCUGACCUCUGCUUGUGGAGAGCCUGAUAAGCCAGUGGUGAAGAAAAACGUAGACGAGCUGAACGGUACCUGGGAUAAUUUGAAUAAGGCCUGGAAAGAUCGCAUUGAUCGGCUGGAUGAAGCAAUGCAAGAGGCAGUUCAGUUCCAGGAUGCACUGCAGGCCAUGUUUGACUGGAUGGACUUUGCAGAAAGUAAAUUGAAUACCAUGCCCCCAGUUGGCACGGAUCUGGAGACUGUGAAACAACAGAUUGCUGAGCUCAAGCACUUUAAGACUGAAGCAUAUCAGCAGCAGAUAGAGAUGGAGCGGCUGAAUCAUCAGGGAGAAUUGUUACUGAAGAAAGUAAAUGAAGAAAGUAACAAGCGGGUCGUACAGGAGCCCCUGCAUGAGCUGAAACAUUUCUGGGAAAAUCUGGAUGGGAAAAUCGUCAACAGGCAGCAUAAACUGGAGGGUGCUCUGUUGGCUUUGGGACAGUUCCAACAUGCCCUGGAUGAACUGAUGACGUGGUUGACCCACACCGAGGAGCUGUUAAGUGAACAGAAAGCAGUUGGUGGAGAUCCUAAAGCUAUUGAAAUUGCAAUUGCCAAACAUCACGUUCUGCAGAAUGAUGUUCUGGCUCAUAAAUCCACAGUGGAGACAGUGAACAAAGCUGGGAAUGCUCUGCUGGAAUCGAGUGACGUGGAGGAAGCCAGCAGUCUACAGAGCAAACUGGAAAGUCUUAACCAGCGCUGGAAGAAUGUGCUGGAACAAACUGCCCAGCGGCAACAGCAACUGCAUCAUUCACUCAUCCAGGCCCAGGGUUUCCAGAGCGAGAUUGACGAUAUGCAGCGGUGGCUGGUAGAAACCGAACGGCAGCUGUCUGCAUCAAAACCGAUUGGAGGUCUGCCAGAAACAGCCAGGGAGCAGCUCAAUGCUCAUCUGGAGCUUUGUGCAGCAUUUAGAGCCAAAGAGGAGAUCUACAAGAACCUGAUAAAUAAGGGGCAGCAGAGCUGUGAAGAAGCUGGUGACAGCAAUGUGGAGGAAGGCAUCAGCAACCUAAAAGAAAGAUGGGAGUCCGUUGAAGUAAAACUAACAGAACGAAAGGUCAAACUGGAGGAGGCCCUCAACCUAGCCACUGAGUUCCACAACUCCCUUCAAGAGUUCAUCAACUGGUUGACUCAAGCAGAACAAAGUUUGACAUUAGCUGCAUCACCGAGUCUCAUUCUGGACACCAUUUUAUUCCAGAUUGACGAACACAAGGUUUUUGCCAAUGAAGUCAACUCACACCGUGAGAAAAUAAUUGAACUGGACAAGACCGGAACCCACCUGAAGUACUUUAGUCAGAAGCAGGAUGUUGUGCUCAUUAAAAACUUGUUGAUCAGUGUUCAAGCUCGAUGGGAAAAGGUUGUGCAGCGUUCUGUUGAUCGAGGAAGAGGGCUAGAUGACGCGAGGAAGCGUGCUAAACAGUUCCAAGAGGCCUGGAAGAAAUUGAUGGAGUGGUUGGAAGAGUCGGAGAAAAAUCUGGACUCUGACCUCGAAAUUGCAAAUGAUCCAGACAAAGUGAAAAUGCAACUUGCAAACCACAAGGAGUUCCAGAAAGCACUCGGAGCAAAACAUUCUGUGUACGAUACAACAGUAAGGACAGGCCGCUCAUUGAAAGAGAAGACAACAUUAGCCGAUGAUCACCAGAAGUUUGAUGACAUGCUGAGUGAACUGAGGGACAAGUGGGACACAGUGUGCGGGAAGUCAGUGGAAAGACAGAACAAAUUGGAAGAAGCUCUGCUCUUUUCGGGUCAGUUUACGGAUGCCUUGCAAGCUCUGAUUGAUUGGCUUUAUAAGAUCGAGCCCAUGCUGGCUGAAGAUCAGCCAGUGCAUGGAGACGUUGACCUCGUCAUGAACCUGAUCGACGCUCACAAGGUCUUCCAGAAGGAGCUGGGCAAACGGACAAGUGGUGUCCAGGCUCUCAAACGCUCAGCCCGCGAGCUGGUUGAGGCCAGCCGCGAUGAUUCAUCCUGGGUCAAAGUGCAGAUGCAGGAACUUAGUACGCGCUGGGAGACGGUGUGUGCUCUCUCUGUUUCCAAACAAGCUAGACUGGAGCAAGCCCUCAACCAGGCAGAGGAAUUCCACUCUGCUGUGCACGUGCUGCUGGAGUGGCUGGCUGAAGCUGAGCAGACCCUUCGUUUCCAUGGCGUUCUUCCAGAUGACAGUGAUGCUCUCCAUGCGCUCAUUGAUCAACACAAGGAGUUUGUGAAGAAACUGGAAGAGAAGAUGGCUGAGCUGAGUUCGGCUGUGGGCAUGGGAGAGUCCAUCCUGUCCAUCUGCCACCCAGACUCCAUCACAACCAUCAAACAUUGGAUCACGAUAAUCCGAGCCCGAUUUGAAGAGGUAACUGCGUGGUCUAAGCAGCAUCAACUGCGACUGGAAGCAGCCCUUGCUGAUGUUAUCGCUAAUCAGGAAUUGUUGGAAAGCCUAUUGGCUUGGUUACAGUGGGCAGAGACGAUACUCACUCAGAGAGACCAAGAGUCACUCCCACAGGAGAUUGAAGAAGUCAAAACACUUAUUGCUGAGCACCAGACUUUCAUGGAGGAAAUGACCAGGAAGCAACCAGAUGUGGAUAAAGUCACAAAGACAUACAAGAGGAAAGCUGCAGAACCAACCCAGAUUACGUCCCACAUUCCUGUCAUAGAGAAAGGAAGAUCAAGGAAACGACUUCCAACGCGGGCUCUGUAUUCGCCAGCAACCCAGACUAUUGAAACUAAAAAUCCACGGGCGAACCUCCUUGUUAGCAAGUGGCAGCAAGUGUGGCUGUUGGCACUGGACAGGCGGCGGAAGCUCAACGAUGCACUGGACAGGCUGGAGGAGCUGAGAGAAUUUGCCAAUUUUGAUUUUGAUGUUUGGCGAAAGAGGUACAUGCGAUGGAUGAACCACAAAAAAUCCAGAGUAAUGGACUUCUUCAGGCGUAUUGAUAAAGAUCAAGACGGGAAAAUCACAAGACAAGAAUUUAUUGAUGGAAUUCUCUCUUCAAAGUUUCCAACCAGCCGCUUGGAAAUGAGUGCUGUAGCCGACAUAUUUGACCGAGAUGGAGAUGGUUACAUCGAUUAUUAUGAAUUUGUGGCAGCACUUCAUCCAAACAAGGAUGCCUACAAACCUCUUACUGAUGCAGACAAAAUAGAGGAUGAGGUCACACGGCAAGUCGCAAAAUGUAAAUGUGCAAAGCGGUUUCAGGUGGAGCAGAUUGGGGAGAAUAAAUACAGGUUCUUCCUGGGAAAUCAGUUUGGUGACUCCCAGCAGUUGCGGCUAGUCCGUAUCCUACGCAGUACGGUAAUGGUUCGUGUUGGGGGAGGUUGGAUGGCCUUGGAUGAGUUUUUGGUGAAAAAUGAUCCCUGCAGAGCUAAGGGCAGAACAAAUGUUGAAUUGCGUGAAAAGUUUAUUCUUCCCGAAGGCACUAGUCAAUCCAUGGCUGCCUUCCGGUCACGAGGGCGAAGGUCACGGCCGUCAUCAAGGGCGGCUUCUCCCAACAGAUCAACUUCCAGUGCCAGUCAAAGUGUUUCAGUUCCACCAGCUGUUACAAGUACACCACCUAAGACACCCCAACAUUUAAUCCGCAAUUAUGAUAAACCAUGGUUGACAAACAGCAAAACAUCAAGUGCUUAUAAAUCACCAGAGUCCCCUGAACGCCGAGUCCCAUCUCCAGAGGUAACGCCGAUCCAGGGAAGCAAAUUGCGACCACCCGGGUAUCUGUCAGGAAAGAGCUUUCAUUCUGGAGAGGACAGCAACUUAACAUCAACUCCUCCUUCAAGGGGGAGGUCACAAGUAUCAGCCUUUGAGUCAAGAAAAGCCCCAAGUCGUCCCACAAGCCGUGCAGGAAGCAAGACUGGCAGUAGAGCAAGUAGUCGUCGGGGGAGUGAUGCUUCCGAUUUCGACAUUUCAGAUAUUCAGUCUGUGUGCUCGGAUGUUUCAGAGACAGUGCCUGAAACUAGCAGAUCAGGGUCACGAGCAGGAUCUCGGCCAUCUUCAGCGAAACCGUCAAAAAUCCCAACACCGUCAAGGAGGUCCCCAGCAACUAGCAAACUGAGUGCAGCCUCCAAAAGAUAGUCUGAUCUCAGAGGCGAAUUCCUAAGUAAUUCUAUGAUGCAGUCCUUGGGAUGUAAAAUAUUCUGUAGAAUCUGUUGUGAAAUAAUGCAAGAGGUGAACUUUUGAUGCUGCAGAAUGGCCUUAUUUGUGUGUUUGUCUUGUAAGGUAUAUUAUUUUAUGUGAAUAAAUAUUCUGUUAAUUUUUUUUCCUUGAUGCCAUAUCCUCUGGAGGGAAAAUUAAAAGAGCUUUUAAGACAGAUGUAAGUUAAACUAAUAUUUUUACAUGUAAUGUAGAAUUGGGUAACUAUUGCUGAAAGCUGUUUCUGAAUGUACGAUUAUGAAAACAAAAUCCCAGGAACAUGUCUUGUUAAUUAGCAGGCAGAUAACUCCAUGGUUUGCUAACAACUCUGAUUACCUCAUGCACAAUUCUAAUGAGGCAAUGCUGAAUAUUAUGAAAUAACUUUAUUUGCUCGAGCUGACUUUUUCUGAAUUAAAUACAAAGCAAAUGUCUGUGUCCCAGGUAAAAAGGGAUGUAAAAUGCCAAUCAGCAUUACCUUAAUGUAGCAAAUUGAAUUUACUCUCAAUUGUUUAGUUAACACAUUCAUGUCGGCUGUUAAGAAGACACUUUAAAAACAAAAUCCUGCAGCAUUUUUGUGCCAUUUUAUUUAGCUGAGAUCAAACUGCCAUUAUUAAAACUCUCCUGUCCUCCCACAACAAGUAAUUUGUACUACUAAUAAUUAAUAUAUUAAGUAUGAAGUGUUGAUGUCAAUGUGAAUUUUUUUUUGCUUGGGUGGAAGAUAAUUGUAUCAUUGAUCCCAUUUUGUAUUAAAGCAAAAUUGCUUGCCAUAA